UCAUAUACUUCAAAAGCAAAAACUUAUAUCGAUUACUAUUUUUUUUCUUAGUUUUCACAAUUACUCUCGGUCCUACUCCUAGGAUAUAUAUACAUUUAGACUUGUCAGCUCUAUAUGAUUCAUGCCAAGAUUGAUUUCCAAACACGAAUCUGACAAAGCCAUGGAUGAUUUUUCCCAACUAUAUUGCACUGAACCUCCAUUGAUUACUCCAGCCAUGAAUGAUCCUUUCAAGUCACUAGCCUCAGCCUUUCACGCAGCUGAAAGUUACAUGGAAUUUCAACAAAAAUAUGAGCAUCAAGAUGGCAAUUCUCCUUCGGCCUCACAAUUUCCUACUUACGAUUCACACAUCUUGUCUUCGUGUCAAUCUUCUGGGGAUAAUAACUGUUCCACUGAUUCAGCUGAGCAAUCUAGCUCCAACUUUGACUUCAAGGACUCCUUGCAGUCGCUCGUGAAAUCUCACUUGUGCAGCAAUUAUUACUGUUCUUCUUCAGAGAUGUCUAAUAUGGUUCCAAGCAACAAUAGCAGCAAGCCUUUUCCACAUGACCAAAACAUGUUGCUUUGUGAGAAUGCAGCCUUUGUCAGGAGGCAACUUUUGGUUCCUGAUCAUGCAAAUCAGGCUCUUAAUGUUUGUCACAGUUCAUCAACCAGGCCAGCUCCAUCAAAUAAAAAACGAAUCAAAUGGACUCAAGAUCUUCAUGAGCAGUUCGUCAAGUGUGUUAAUCGCCUUGGUGGUGCUGAGAAGGCAACACCAAAAGCAAUAUUGGAGUUGAUGGACACAAAUUUAUUGACUAUAUUUAACGUGAAAAGCCAUUUGCAGAAAUAUCGAACUGCUGUACACAUGCCAGACUACUCUGUCGAGGAAAUAUCUGAGAGAAGAACAAGGGCAGAUGGCCGCAUACCUGAUCAGCUCCCUAUAAAAAUUAGUAUGCAAAUGAAGGAGACGUUGCAACUGCAACUUGAAGUGGAGAGGAGUCUUAAUGAACAAUUAGAGGUUCAGCAAAAUUUACAGUUGUUGAUUGAAGAACAACAGAGGCAGCUCAAAAUGAUGUUAGGCCAGAAAAAGAAAAAUUCCAAGAGCUUGUUCAAGUCUCAGAACUCAGAUCUUUCAUCCCAAAGGCAAAGUGACCAAUGUGCAAGUUCUGAAGGCUUUUAGAUUUUGAUAGGAGAAGGUGAUGGGAAUAAGUGAAUAACAACUUUACAUGCAAGAGCAUUUAGCUCUCCCUAGUACACCAUAUGAUCCUUCUAAUAUUCUAGUACUCAACGCCCCAAUCCAUUUGUAUAACUCUACAGUGAACUGCAAUUGAUUAGAUAAAUUAGUCGUAUUCGAGGCAACUACCCUCCUAGAGAUAAAGGGAGAAAAG